AUGUUCUCUUCCAAGAAGGCCACUAGCAGCAGCGCUGGCGCGGUGGCGGUGCAGGGGGGCGGGGCGCCCAUGUGCGUGCAGGGCGACUCGGGCCUCGUCCUCACCACCGACCCCAAGCCGCGCCUCCGGUGGACGGUGGAGCUCCAUGAGCGCUUCGUCGACGCCGUCGCCCAGCUCGGCGGCCCCGACAAGGCGACGCCGAAGACGAUCAUGAGGGUCAUGGGGGUCAAGGGGCUCACUCUCUACCACCUCAAGAGCCACCUUCAGAAAUUCAGGCUGGGAAAGCAGCCACACAAGGACUUCAACGAUCAUGCAGUUAAGGAUGCUGCGGCAGCAAUGGAGAUGCAUAGAAACGCGGCCUCUUCUUCAGGCAUAAUGGGGAGAAACAUGAACGACCGCAACGUGCACAUGAACGAGGCCAUCAGAAUGCAAAUGGAGGUUCAAAGGAGGCUGCAUGAGCAACUAGAGGUGAUUAAUCAACCAAGAAUCAAAGUGCAGAAGCACCUCCAAAUGAGGAUUGAAGCCCAGGGAAAGUACAUGCAGUCCAUCCUGGAGAAAGCAUACCAGACGCUUGCCACCGGCGACGUCGCGGCGAGCCCUACUGCCGGGUACAAAUCCCUAGGCAGCCACGCCGGCGUCCUGGACGUGUGCUCCAUCAAGGACAUUGGCCCGGCUUCCAUGGGCUUCCCUUCCCUGCAGGACCUGCACCUCUACGGAGGCGGUCACUUAGACCUGCAGCAGCAGCAGCCAAUGGAGAGCUUCUUCGCGUGCAGCGAUGGCGGCGGCAUUGGGUCGUUGGGGAAGAAGAGGUCCAACCAGUACGCCGGAGGCAAGAGCCCUAUGAUGUGGGGUGACGACGACGACGGCGACGAGGAUGACAAGGGCGAUCAGCUACUCCAGAUGGCACCGCCGAUGAUGGACGACAUAGACUCCAUGUACGAAGCGAAGCCGAUGAUGACCAUGUCCGGCGACUCCGCUGGUAACAGAGGAUUCGACGGCGGCAUGGGGUCGAAGCUCGAGAGGCCGUCCUCCCGGCGGCCGCACAUGGGAGCCCAGAGGAUGGGCAGCCCGUCGGUGAUCUACGGGUAAAUCAAGCGAUCGACCGAAUUAAGUUAACUAGAGCUUUUUGCUUAACCGGGUGCAUGUGGCUAAAUAAGUAUAGCUUGAGUGCAUGGAAUCAAGGAAAUUAUAGAAGAAAUUAUGCGUCGAUCAGGAUGAUCUUACACAUAUAGUGAUGCAUCACAUGUCUAUGUCAUGAUGAUGCUCAAGGUCUAACUAAGAUGAUCUGUUGUGUAAUUGUACGUGUUCUAAAUUAAUUAAUUAUGACGGUUGUAAAUUUGUAAUCUAAUUAUUUUGUGAUCUUGCAUGCUGAUGUGGCAAGCUUCCAUGCAUUGAUCAUGGGACACAUGUAUAUCGUCAAAAACAUAUUGUUAAUUAAUUCUUAUUGGUUGGGUCUGGAACA